GGCAAAGGGAGAAGUGGCUCAGGAGACAUGCAUUUGUUUGAAAUGAUCAAACUUAGGCUUUAUUUAUAUGUAUAUGCUGUAAUUCAUAUUUCGUUUUCUCUUGUACUGUGAUCAUCAUCAGACAUCCUGUGCAUUGUCAUCUGCUGAUAAAAAAGAAAAUAUGAGGUUUUUUCAAGUUAUCAUCAUAACAUACAGCUCAAACUAUACUGGAGCUGUUAAACCACCGGGAAGAUUUACAACACAAGACAUGAUGACGUUUGAGGAAGCGCACAAAUCUUCUGUUCCUGCUUCUUUUAUCGCUUUUCAAUUUGGAGGAAAUGAUUUUGAUAAAAAUCAGGAAUUUGUUAUUGGAGAUGGAGCGCAAUCCAGCGAUAAAGAUAGGAGCAAGAGAAGCAGUGGUGAUCAGCUUUAUUACAACAAGCCACUGCAGUUGAAAAGAAACUACAGAGUGUUCCUCAGGGCUUUUGUCUCGCAGACGGUGUAUGUUUCUAGUAACUUCGUAGACAUUAACACCAAAGGGAAACCUGUCAUCAAAGAUCUACCAAAGAGAACCAUUCUAGCGGUUGGCGAACUGGUAGUAUUGAAUUGUAAGGUCAGUGGACACCCUGAGGCUUCUGUUACCUGGACUAAAGAUGGAUUUAGCAGUAUUCCUCGCGCUCAGUUGAAGGACAACGGCAAAAUACUUGUUAUAAAAGAUGUUGUUCCUGGUGAUAGUGGCGUUUACGAAUGCAAAGCUAUAAACACGUUUGGAGAGAGUUACACCAGUACGACACUCAUUGUCGCUGUGCCACCCAGCCUUCUAAAAGAAGUUUCUCCCUCUUCAGUGUUAUGUGAAAAGCAAACUCUGUGUUCUCUCUCGUGUCAUGCAACCAGUUAUACUCCAUUCAACUAUUCUUGGACGAAAGAUGGCCAGGUUCCAGUAGGCGCUAACAUCAAACUGAUGAAUAAUAGUAUCAUUGUCACGCCAUGGGAUGCACAAGACUAUGGGGAGUAUGUGUGUCACGUUACAAACGGCUAUGGAUCCACCGAGUAUAAAAUUACUCUGUUUGCUCCUAAGGAUAAUCAAGAUGGUGGCGGUACACAAACCAUCCUUCUUGCUAGUGUCAUAGCAUUGUCGUGCCUUGUGGUUGUGCUACUCAUUAUGAAUAGUGUGUCCAUAUGGCAGCGAAGACGAGCUGUUCCUAUUGAAAGGGCACAGAAUCAAGAAAAAGUUGACUUCGAUGGCGUAAAAUCUUCACCUGAUCAACAGUCAACUGAUCUACACGCUUCAGACCCAAGUACAUAUAUGGAACUCGAACCCAGGCCCUCGAACCAACAGUCUCAGGUAUCUGCUGAUCAUGAGUAUCAGUCGCUAGUGACAAAACCCGAGGACCCCGAAUACUACAAUGUGGUGUUUCAGGAAGAAAAUGGCGGGAAACAAAAUGAAGAAAUGUAUGAAGAAAUAUGAAAAUCCUUGUGAUUUGGUACCUGUCUAGAUCAGAUUAUCCACUCUGUUUUAUAAUAAGCUUAAUUAUAUACGUGCUGUGAUUUGUUCUUACUUAAAUGGAGGACUGACGCAUAGAUGACGCCACCAUUAACAGCAUCUUGCUUCUUUAUUGUAUAAAACAAGUAGAUUCCAUGUUACCGUGGGUCUGAUCUGUAACGAGUCACGGAAGACGUCAAGAUGUGGUAAGAACGUCAGUGACAUACUCGGUUGCAUUUCGUGUGCAACGUUUUUUGUUUUCACCACAUUUUGAUGUCACCUGGGAUCUACAACGUAGCAGACAUAUGGAAACAUUAAAUCUAAUUGUUAAUUAGAAACGGUCAGGCUUCGGUUCGUGACACUGUUUUUGUCUCGCUUAAAGAAGCACUCAUUAAUUUGGUAAUGAAAUGCACGCGUUUUAAGUUCGUCCUCCUCAUUAUCGUUUUGAUCACUUUUACUAUCAUAAUGUCGUGUAGGGUGCAGUUAUCUAACAUCACUGCGAGGAAAAUAUAUGAUAACACUGACAACAAUAGCCUGCUCAUUAGAUACUGUCAGCGAAUGCUGUCUGGUUACUUCAAGAACGAAGGGCUAACGCUCGAAACGUCACCUUUUAUAAUCUUAACGGUGGCCAAUUUACGAUUUCAACUUUGUUUAUAUAUUGAAAUUAUUACUUCAAGAACAGACGUGAUCUUUAUAAGUUUCUGAUCAAAGCAGUUAAGAAGUAAGGCAUUAAGGGCUUAUUCAACGUGCAGUAACCCUUUAUUUGAUCCGCCUCUCGGUUAGCUCAAUGGAUAGAGCGCUGGACUGUUGUGCGGGAGGUCGAGGGUUCGAGCC